UGUGCACUAAGGAAGUGGGGGCUACCCCAGGUGGAGAGGCUGCGGCGGCGGCGGUUGCCCUCUCCCUGGUGGACUAGUAGGAGAAAACCCGCCCGAGCUUUGCAGUGCUGACUGGGUCAGGGCCAGAGCUCCUCGGUGCCCAGAAUGGUGCUGGCAUGCCGGUGAUGCCCCAUCGCUUCGGGAACGCAGCAACUUGGUGAGGUGGCCAAAGAUUCGGACUAGCUGCACCCAAGCUGGCGGCUCCCGCCCGAAGUCCCCUUUCGGAGGGAUCACAGGUAGAGUAAGCCUGAAGCCAUUGGAUGAACAGACAGAAGCUGGAAGAUCCUCAAAAGGAUGUGUGAAAGGGCCUGGUGGGACUGGAGCACAAGCAGUUGGCUGAGGGCUCUCUGCCUGGCCUGGCUGUGGGCCCUCCUGGCUUCAACUUCUUUGCAGCCUCCAACUCUGACAGUCCUCAGGAAGCAGGGCACCUGUGAGGUGGUUGCUGCUCAUCGCUGCUGCAACCGGAACCACAUUGAGGAGCGCUCCCAGACCGUCAAAUGCUCUUGCUUUUCGGGCCAGGUGGCUGGCACCACAAGGGCUAAGCCCUCCUGUGUAGAUGCUGCCAUCGUCCUGCAGAAAUGGUGGUGUCAGAUGGAGCCCUGCCUGCUGGGGGAGGAGUGUAAAGUGCUCCCGGACCUGUCGGGCUGGAGCUGUAGCAGUGGACACAAAGUCAAAACCACCAAGGUCACACGAUAGCUCUUGGAGCCAUGGCCUGGACAGGACAGCUUGAUUGAGCAAUGACCUGGGGAGUGGUAUCUUGUCAUCAUAUAGCAAGUAUGGAGAUCGACUUACCUGAACACACACCUGGCGACAGGAACAUUACUACUUCCAGGUGCCUUUGGAUGAAAAGGUCUGUGCUGGACUGUGCUGGGCUCUCCUGGCAGACAGAAGAAGGUCAAGAUACUAUUUGUGUCCAUAGUGAAUGCCCAGUCUAGUUGGAGAGUUGAUGGAAGAGAAUUUGGAUCAUUUGUAUUAAAGCCUACGGUUUAGGACUCUGGCUUUUGAGCUAUAUGCCACCAUCAUGGUGGGGAUCUUGGGGAGGAGGUUCACAGGUUUUCAGUCAUUCCCUGGUCAUAGGACACAAAGACAAGAUGCCAUAGUCACUUUUCUCCCUCAUGUCAGUCUGAAUCCCUAGCAAGUUGCUGCCAUGUUAGAGGGAAAUAAAUACUCCUGAAAUCAGCCUUGCUGUGUCCCACUUGGGCUGGAACUGGAUUGACUUUGGGGAAGGCAAGCUUGUGUAGUUCAACAAAUUUUCAGCAAAACUCCUGCGGAGGUGUGACCUAGUUUGGGCAAGUCACUGGGCAUGAGAUAGACAGGACCUUUCAAUCAUUCCUAUCUGAGAACCUUAGGUUUUCAUUUGUUUGUUUGUUUAUUUUAAUGGUUGACAAAAUGGAGUGCCAGAGAAUUGAGGUGGUUUGCAAGGCAUUACAUCUUGUGCUUCUGGAUCUUUAGGCCUUCUGACUUUUCACUAAGCUUGAAAGCUGGGGUUUAGACUAGGCCUCAAGAACAGGAACCUGCAAAGAAGUGGCUGGAUGACAGAACACUGAUCUUAGAAGAUGCUAAAGCAGGAAAUUUUACUCCAAGCAGGAAGGGGUCUCUGUGUCUCUACUCUGCCUUCAACCUCUGCAUUUCCAAACAGGCCCAUGACAGACCAUAGGCCACUCAGCUCAGUUUCAGUUGGGACACGCUGAGUUGGCACUCCUGCUGUCCAUGCUCAUUUGUUUCUUUCCGGAGCCCUCAAAACUGGAGCUCUCAGAGGAUCUGGCUCUAAGAGAAUGUCUGAUCUGUUCUGAGCCUUUCUGUUCAAAGAUGCUGCUGGACUGGAUGGAACUUCUUUAGGACUGAGGGUUGGUACAGUUAAGCUGGCACCAUGAAUGAUAAUAGAGAUACCAAGCUUCAGAGAGCCAGAGACACUUGCUACUUAAAUAUCUCACCACAGCCUCUGUAACUAUUGGGAUCAGCUGGGAUCUAUUAGGAUCAGCUGGUGUCAUAGGACUUGGGGUGGAGGGUUCUCUGAGGGUGGAUAGCAGUUGAGGUGAAUCUGGAUGAUGCUGAAUUCUGAUGUUAGGAGAAGACAAUCAGACAAUGGUUUGGGACUAAGUUUCAUCCUUCCUUCGAACUACCCC